AUGCAGACGCGCGCUCCGCAGCUUCACUUUGAGCGCUUCAUUCUGUCCGCGCGCUGGAACUCGCGUGUGUGUGUAUGUGUGUCACCACAGACCAGUCACACCAAACCUGAAGAGCAGAUUGAUAUUCUCUGAAGGACUCAUCUUGCAUCAGUCCAUUCAGGAUUGGAUUACGUGUUUAAUCCUGCACUGGGAUUCAGUUUUGUUCCUCUGAAGAUGCCCGCUUGUGGAACGCAGAUUGGGGACUUUCGCGGAAUUAAACGAGCUAAAGGUUGUGUGGUGACAGCUGAAGCCUUCCUAUGAGGUGAGCAUAUCCCUUUGGAUCCCUCGGCUCCCCUCCCAGUGCCAGCAGCAGCAGGACUAAGGGAUGUCACAAGUAUUCCUCCUUCUGACCCUACUCAGUUUCUCCUCCUGCAUCCAGGUGGCAUCUGCUGUAUCCCUCAAAACGUUGAUGGCAAGAUGGAUGAUGUACCGAGAUGAAUGUUUUCGAAAUAUCAGCAGAGAACCGCCGAUGACAGGUGUGGUGUGCAAUCGAACGUUUGAUAAGUAUGCCUGCUGGCCGGAUGCUCUGCCCAACACUACAGUGAGUGUGGCCUGUCCCUGGUACCUGCCCUGGCACAAGGAAGUUCGACAUGGGCUCGUGUAUCUGGAGUGUGAUGCAGAUGGACAGUACAGCAAGCAGAAGAAUGCCAGCGAAUGUCAGUCACAUGACCCCACACAAAUCAACGUGCAGCAGUACGGACGGAUUCUCAGUCAGUUCCGGACCAUGUACACCGUUGGAUAUUCUCUGUCUCUUGGGGCACUUGUGCUGGCGUUGGGCAUCCUGGUGGCCUUUAGGAAGCUGCACUGCAUGAGAAACAACAUCCACAUGAACUUGUUUGCCUCCUUUAUCCUGCGAGCCUCUUCUAUCCUCAUCAAAGAUGCCAUGUUGGAAAGGCCUGAUACCUUCCAUGUUGGUCAGGACAUCACCACUGAACUGGAGGUGGAGUGGCUGGUUAAAAACGAGACGGCGGUCGGUUGCAGAGUUGCUGUGGUGAUGAUGCAAUACAGCAUACUAGCUAACAGCUACUGGCUGCUGGUGGAGGGCAUCUACCUGCACAGCCUUCUGGUCGUCACAGUCUUGACAGAGAGAAAUUACUUCGGCAUCUACCUGUGCAUUGGCUGGGGUGCCCCUCUGAUAUUCGUGCUGCCGUGGGUAAUUGUGAAGUACUUGUACGAGAAUGAAGAAUGCUGGAUGCAGAAUAUUCACAUGGAGUACUGGUGGAUUAUUCGCUCUCCCAUCCUGCUGGCCGUAUUGAUUAACUUCUUCAUAUUCAUACACAUCAUCAAGAUCCUCGUGUCCAAACUGAGGGCGCACCAAAUGAGAUAUUCUGACUACAAGUUCCGGCUUGCUAAGUCCACCCUCACCCUGAUUCCGUUACUGGGGAUCCAUUCGGUCCUGUUUUCGUUUGUUACUGAUGAGUCUACCUCACAUGGUGCUCUACCCCUGCGCCUCACAAAGCUCUUCAUUGACCUCUUCUUUAACUCUUUCCAGGGGCUGCUGGUGGCAAUCUUAUAUUGUUUUGUCAACAAAGAGGUUCAGUCUGAGAUUCUGAAGAAAUGGAGACGCUGGAAGCUUGGGAGGGACAUUGAGGAGGAAUACCGCCACACUUACAGCCAGACCCUUCAGAUGAAGAGUGGCAGCAUCCUGGUUCAUUCCUCCAACCUCCCGCGGCUGCCUGAUAUCGCUACUACUACCUCCCGGCUCGGCAGUCCAGAAGAGAAGCAGAUGUUGGUGUCCAACAACCAGAAUGGUAUGGGUACUGGGCAGGGAUGCCUGCAGUUCAACUCCACACCACAAGAUGGCUCCACAUGCAGUUCGAUAACAGAGGACAUAGUGGUGGUGGACAGAGGAAAGUGUUGUAGUGUUCCACAGGGCAAUGCUGAGAGAAACCUGUGAGCUGAAGUAGACUCCAGGUAUCUCACCGAAGACCAUUAGUCUGACCACUCUCGCCUUCUCUGGCUGAGGGCCCUGGCUGGAGCGAGGGGUGUGUGUAUGUAUGUGUGUCGCUUCACCCGUGUAAGUUUGUGAGAGCGCUGCCCUCUCUGAAGCUCAGCAGACAACUCAUGAUGGACACCUGUCCGUCGCAUUACAUGGGCGAGCAGAAGGUGGACAUUUGUUAAUAAAGAUUUGCACAAAUGUACAUGCUAACAAACCCUUUGAUGAAGAACAGAGUCUUAUCUCUAGUGUUAUACAGUAUAGUCGUCUGUGAUGUUGAUGAUUUAGUAGAGAAAACCCAUCUGCACUGCAAGGUCCAAAAGGAACUAGUGCAAGCAAACAUCUACAACCAACGUCUCUGGAUUAACAGAAAAUUAAAAAGAUACACUUAACUGAACUUGUCAAAAACUUAACCAAACUGGUUAAUGUGUUACAGAGUGUGUGAGCUCAGACUGAACCGAAGGAACCCUACACAAAUUUCCAUGCAAGUUUAUGCUAAAAUUUGGUGGGGGGAAAAAUUGGUCAAAAAUUGGUCUAUCGGGUGAAGCUGAUUGGUCAAGGACAUUCUGCUGGUUAAGUUAGUGAAACCAGCACACCAGCAUUUUUGUUUGCAUAUAUUUUGGAAUCAAUUGAUGCUUUUAGGUACAUGUAAAAAGUAAAGCUGUUUGUGUUUAGGUUAAUUAAAACCAUCUUUGAAUUUGUUAGAAAUCAAUUGCCAAGGCAAGGUUUAGAUAUUGGCUGAUCAAUCCCAGUAUUGCCCAUGUGCCUUUUUCUGUACGUCUUAGACCCCAAUAUUAAAGCAAAAAAAAACAAAAAAAAACACAAAAGCUGCUUCUCCAUCGUUGGGCCAAACAAUUCAAAGAACAUAAAGGAACAGUUCUAGUUAUAUUUCUGCUUGAGCUUGGUUCACCAGAUUGGCACAGAAUGGAACGGUUAAGUAACGAGAACAGUUUGGGCCGACAGUGGAAAAGCAACUAAAGUUUGACCAUACAAAGUAAGUGAAGAAUAAAUCCAUCAGGCACAGACUCAAUCAUCAGAGGUGAAAGUUGCUUAAAGCAGAUUCUGUAUAAUGAACAUGACAUCAAGCACACAUUAGAUGAAUGUGUCACUAUUAAUCACUAUUAAUGAUGUGCUCCCUUCAAGAAAACAUGCUUGGUAUACUCAAGCAUGCAAAAUGCAGCCAUAUGUAGAAGCCUUCAAAGGGUCUGGGUCAAUGCCUUAAUGGAGUAGUAUGCCAGAUCUGAUUCCCUUGUGUCAGUGGUCAGAGAUGACUGUCGACCAGACAUGUUGAUAUGUUCAAGAGUCAGUAUUAGUUAGCAACUGCUUCUUCUCUCGCAUACUUAUCAUCUCCCAAAAGGCAUUCAAAUCCUUUGCCAUAGGGAUUUGGGAAGUGUAGGAGGAACUGAGAGGAUGAGAGCCAGAAAGCAAAGACAAAAUUUAGAACAAAUUCCAACCUAAGACAUCGAUCAAAAUGAUUCCUCACUCAGAGUAUGUUUUUAUGCUCAGAUCAAGAUAGGAUAUGCUAUAAAAAUAUGCAACUGCAAGACACUGAAAUGAGGUUGCAGCGUAGAUUAAAUGUUAAGUGUGUAAUUUCUGUGACAUUAACACCACUAAAACCACUGUUUGUUUGAGUGGCUCAACUGGGACAUAACAACAUUGAUUUAACCAAUGGCUUUAGUUUGGCGUGGGACUAUCUGUCUGAACCACAGGGUCAGGUUUUGUAUGGUUAAUAUCAGCAGUUUGCCCCUGCUGGUAGAUCAUGUAACUACAUCAUUAUGAAGGCAAAAAGCAUCUUUCCUCUUUGAUGGCAAUUCCAACGUAGCUGCGUAUUCUGACUACAUUUUUUUAAUGCAAAUAUGAUAGUAGUUAUCGAGAAACAUUUAAUGGUGCAGUGUGUAUAUUUUAGCGGCAUCUAGCGGUGAGGUUGUGAAUUGCAAUAAAGAGAAGCUACGGUGGCCAACACAAAGAAGUCGUCGUCUGAGACAGCAGAGAGUAGCCAGUCAAGCAAACCUGCUCUGUAGAGCAGUUUGUCCAUUUAGGGCAUGCCAACGCAAAAUGACGGCUUAUCGUGUAAUGGGACCCGUGGUGUAUGUAGAUAGAAAUGGCUCAUUCUAAGGUAAUAAAAACAUAACGGUUCAUUAUGUAAGGUCUUUAUACACCACUGAAAACAUAGUUAUGUAUAUUGUAUUGCAUUUCUGUCAAUAGAUUCUACUAAAAUAUACACUUUGCACCUUUAAGAUGAAUGAGAAUGCUAAUGAAUGAGUUUCCCCUAGAUAUUGAAAUGUCCUUGGUGUGAACAUAGAGAAUGGAGAACAUAAACAGUUUGAAAUUUGUUUCAAAACCAGUAAUUUUUGCAAUUCUGUUUAGUGCCGAUAAUGUUGUAUAAAUGACAUACUUCACCUUUAAUGACAAUGAGCAGCUGAUGCCCCAUAUUGUGGCAUUUGUGUGCAUAAUGAUGCACAUUUAUAUUUUCUUUAGAUCAUCAAACACAUGAUGAUCAUGACGAUGAUUAUCGCAGAUACUAUGUGGGGCAAUUUGCACAGUUUUAAUUUAUAAUUAUUGUAGAUAUUGGUAAAUGCCUGUUGAGAUUUGUAA